AGCUCUAUGCAAGAUCUGAAAGGAAUGCUGUGAGGAGGGAAGGGAACGCCCAAAUUAUUAAACUGCGAUGAUUGUAACCCGCACACAUCCAGUGUCCUGUCCUCUACAUGGCAUACGAGUGCUACAUCUUCAUGCAUAAUUCCCGGUGAAACUCCAGUUUUCAAAAUGGAACCACCCACUCGAUCGCAGUCUGACGAUAUCCCAUCGAUAUCACAAAUCAUCGAACGGCUCAUAGCAGAGCUAUCUACAAUCGAACCGCAGAACAACAACACUACCGGACCACCUACUACUACUACUACUGCAUGGCCUUCUCAAAGUAUGAGUACUCAACAAGGCGAUAUUCAAAAUCAAAAUCCAUUUCAUUCUCUACAAGGCUCUCAAUUAUCGAAAGUGAAAUCGCUCAUGUUGACGCUCCACUGUCUGUUUCCGAACGAGUUGCUUCUCGCUCUGGAUAUCUUGGAUCGAAAGCUCGUGAGGCGGUUUGUUAGUAGCAAGCAGACCGAAGAUGGAAAUGUAAAUGCAGCAGAAUAUACGAAUACGUCAGGAUCGGGUGAUGACAGGGAAGAGAUUCCAGAUUCUCAAGAAGAAGAAGAAGAAGUCGAUUCACUACCUGAACAGCAGACUUCAGUGAGAGAUGAGAUGUUUCUCGUCCUUUCCACUUCAUCUACAACGUCGCAGUCAUCGCGGAGAGUUCCAGAGAAGUACUACGAAGUUCGUCUACGAGCUUGGAACUGUACUUGUCCUGGUUUUGUGCUGAGUGCGUUCAGGAAUUUGGGAAACGCAGUAGAGGAAGAUGUUGGUGUUCGUGAGGACGAAGAUGAGGAAAUGAAUGACUACCAUGGGGAUCACUGGUUGGGAGGAACAUUGACGCGAACGAUGUGGGGGAACUCGGCACCUCCUAUGUGUAAGCAUCUACUUGCUUGCAUUCUGGCGACGAGGUGUGCGGGGCUCUUUGGAAAUGGGUUGCAGGAGAGAAUCGAUGUGAGCCAAACCGAGAUGGCUGGUUGGGCUGCAGGCUGGGGUGGAUGAGAAACGGAUUCGUCCGGGGCAUUGCAGAGCACAUUAAUGGUCUCGAAUUUAUCGUC